UCUCUCUCUCUCUCUCUCUCUCUAUCUAUAAUCUAUUAUUGUACUUUCUCCUUCUAGAAGAAACUCUCUGCACUCUGCAUACUAUCUUCUCCUUCUCUUUGUUUUCCACCUUUUGUGCUUUAGUUAUGGUGACUUCGGAGGGGGUAGCAAGCGUCGAACCUUGGUUGUAUCGACAAGGUUUCAACGUGGAUUCAUGGUUGCUUCCUGAUACCUUCUCUCACGACAACGAUUUGCUCGCCAAAGCUCUCCAUAACACCGUCUCAGCACCACCACCACCACCACAUACUCUCCCUCCCUCCCUUUUCUUCGAUUCCUAUAACCCUUCCUCUAAUGUCUCUGGUGGAUCCAGUCAAGAAGUCGUCGCCGGAGGAGCUAAAAGGAAGCAUAACUGCAUCCUCGCCGAAGGUAAAGCCACGAAGCGCCGCCGCUCUCGCCCUUCCAAGAAACCUCAGACCACGUUCAUAACCGCGGAUCCGUCCAACUUCCGCCAGAUGGUUCAGCAAGUGACCGGCGCCAAGUGCAUCAACAACGAUGCUUCUUCCUCGGUGCUUUUCACUCCCAUCGUCAAGCCGGAGCCGCAUAGGCUCGUUAACAUACUUUCUGGUGCGGUUCCAACGCUAGACACAUCAGCAUUUCUAACUAACCAUCACCAGGAGAGUCUCGUUGUAGGAAAUAUCUUUUCCGGUAGCGAAAACACCGUGGGAUUACCCUCGGUGAAAGCCAAUGCAACGGUGAACGAGAGUGGUUCAGCCGCGGAGUUUGAUCCUUACCCAACGUUUCCGACGCUUGAGUCGUGGAAAGUUAUGUGAUUCCUUAUAAGUUUUUUUUUUGUAAAUUUUUUAACUCUUUUUUUAACUACUAUGCAUCUCAUUAUGAAUGAUAUUGUUCAUAGAUUUUGGUACUUAAUCA